AUGACGAGCUGUUCGCCGUUGUGUGAGGUCGUGGCUGGCUGUGACGGCACGGAGCUGGCGCUCGCGCGCAGCGCGGCGUGGGCGGUGCUCGCCGGCUCGUCGGCGUGGUAUCGAGUGCACGAGGUGAGCGCCGCGGCGCAGACCCUCAGUUUCACGCCGAUCGGCGACGGGCUGCGCAGCAGCGUCGUCCACGCCACCCAGCCGUCGAAAGGCUCCGCGCUGCUUCUGCCUCGGCGCGUGGAGGCGCAUGCCGCUUGUGCCAGUCUGGGCAGGAAGGCGGCUCUUCUUCUCGGCAUUGCGGAGCAGGCGCGCUACGGCGCAUACGGCGAGCAUGCGGAGGUCAAGAUGGCGGUGCAGGCGGGCGCCAUGUGGAACAACCCGCUGGAGAGCGUCAUCGCCCCCGUCAUCCGCGGCAACCCGUGGGGCUGGGACCCCGCCGUGCUGAGCGACGACUGGCCGUACGUGCUCUUCGACUGGGACACGCACUUUGCGGGAUACAUGCUGAGCCUCGACGCGGCGGGCAAGGAGCUCGGCUAUUCCGUCCUGAUCCAGGUGGUGAAGGCCAAGUCGGCGGAGGGGUUCGUGCCGAACGGCUACGCGCCCACGCGAAAGAGUACGCACUCGCAGCCGCCCGUCGGCUCGAAGGUGCUGCUCGAGAUGUACAGACGGUACCGCGACCUGUGGCUUGUGGAGCUGCUCCUGGACGACCUGCUGGACUGGUCCGGCUGGUUCCUCGAGGAGCGCACCCUCCCGCCCCUCAACAUGACCGCGCUGGGCGGAGACGAUAUGCAGGCCGCGCGCUACGAGAGCGGGCUUGACGACAGCCCGAUGUACGACGGGCACUUCUUCGCGGUUACCGACAACAAGACUGGCUACGGGCUGAUGCAGAUGUACGACGUGGGGAUGGCGAGCAUGGUGGCGAUGAGCGACGCGUGCCUCGCCGAGCUCGCCGACGCCGCUGGCCGCGCCGACACCGCCAAGGUGCUGCGUGCGCGCUCCGCCGACGCCCGGGCAAAGAUAGCGGCGCAUCUGUGGGAUGAGCAGAGCGGCAUCUUCGUCAACCGCCUCGCGACGGGCCGCUUUCGGCGGCGCAUCACCCCCACCUCCUUUUACCCGAUGCUCUCGGGAAUCGCGACCGUGGGGAGAGCCGAGAGCAUGCUGCGAGGCUGGCUGCUCAACGCGAGCCGCUUCUGCAUCACGCCAAAGGGCGACUUUGCGGGCAACGACGACACGUGCUACUGGGGCCUACCGUCAGUUUCGGCCGACGACCCCGCCUUCCCGCCGCUCGGCUACUGGCGCGGGUACGUUUGGGGGCCGAUGGCGCUGCUCACGUACUGGGGCCUGUCACACGAGGCGUAUUUGGACGUGCCGCUGGUGACGACGGCGCGCGCGGCGCUGUGCAAGCAGAUGGGCGCGCUCUUCCUGACGCAGUGGCGCGCCCACCGGCACGUGUGCGAGAACUUCUCGCCGUGGCGCAACGCCACCGAGUGCACGGGGAUGCGCUUCUACCACUGGGGCGCGCUGGCCGGCUUCAUCGGGCUGCUCGACGCAGGCUUCUACCAGAGGCCGCAGCAAGAGGCUGCUGCCUUCACGCGGACGUCGUCGUUUUGCACGAACGCGUGA